UGUUAAAAAAUAAAAGGAGAACUCUGCAGCAGGAAUAGCAGCACCUUACAUAGCACCCAUUUUAGACUCGCCAAUAAUUACCAUUAGCCUACUAGAAGUUUUCUAAUAAUUUCCAAUUAAAAUGGGACAGGAUUACUACGGUAUUCUGGGCCUAACGAGGUCGGCAAUAGAUGCAGAUAUCAAGAAGGCAUAUCGGAAACUCUCUUUGAAAUACCACCCUGACAAGAACCAAGAAUCGGGUGCCCCAGAGAAGUUCAAGCAAGUGUCUGAGGCAUAUGAUGUGCUGUGCGAUCCAAGGAAAAAGGCAGUAUAUGACCAGUUUGGCGAGGAAGGAUUGAAGAAUGGUGUUCCUGAGGGCAAGAUGGAGAGUGGAGCAUGGACCCACGGAUACACAUUUCAUGGUGAUGCCAACAAGGUGUUCAGAGAAUUCUUUGGUGGGGACAAUCCAUUCAGUGAAUUCUUUGAUGAAAGCGAUGGAGAUCCAAGUAUGGGCUUUGGUGGUCUGAGAGGACGUGGGAGAAAGAAGCAAGAUGCAUCUAUUGAGAGAGAUUUAACUCUGUCUCUUGAAGAGAUUUUCCAUGGAUGCACAAAGAAGAUGAAGAUCUCCAGAAGAGUGAUGAAUGAAGAUGGUCACACCUCCAGUAUCCGUGAUAAGAUCCUGACAAUCACCGUAAAGAAAGGGUGGCGUGAAGGCACCCGCAUCACAUUCCCCAAGGAAGGUGACCAAGGACCCAACAAUGUACCAGCUGAUAUCGUCUUUAUUGUCAGGGAUAAACCUCAUCCUCGCUUCAAGCGAGAUUGCAAUGACCUCGUCUUUACAGCUAGAGUCCUUCUAGGCAAAGCCUUGACUGGAUGUAGUGUUGAGGUGCCAACGUUAGAUGGACGUCUCCUUAAUAUUCCAAUCAAUGACAUUAUCAGCCCCGGAUAUGAGAAGAUUGUCCCCGGUGAAGGCAUGCCGCUAUCCAAAGCCCCCGAGCAUAAAGGCAAUCUCGUCAUCCGAUUUGACAUCGAGUUUCCUAAACAGCUUAUACCUGAGAAGAAGCAUCUAGUUAAGGAAGCACUACUGUAGUAACACACAGUCUUUAAAUAUUGUUUAAUCCAGGGAGGGGCUUCAAGAGAUUGGGCAUUCUUCAAAUGUAUGUGAUUCAUGGAUGACUUCUGUUUGGUUGGUACCAGAAAUCACAGAAUGUUGAUGCCUUAAAUUUAACUUGAAAGCUGCGAGAUAGACUUGGGGUACUAGAUAAAUCUUUUUGAGGAUUUCACAAACUGGAUUCAGCUCCAGGGUUAUGAGGCUUGUCUAAAACAUACCUUAAUUACAACAAUAAUUCUGCCAUUCUUCAGAAGUGUUCAAAUAUAUAUUUGCAGCCAAUAAAAAAUAAAAAUGAAUUGUGAUGGUGGUUGCUAAUUAAAAAUAGCAUCAUCUUUUCGCAAAUCAUUUCCUUACUUGGCCUUGAUGAUGGCCACAUUUUCUUGAAUGCGUUUAAAAUAGUUCUUUUUUAGACCAUUGGAAUUUCCAGUUGAGAUAUUUAAGCAGCAUCAAGGGGUCAUUAUAUUUGUGGAACCAAGAUUCCAGCCCACCAAUCUUACAAACGUUAACUGCCUUAUUUCAGGGCUAAAUUGUUUGAAAAUUUGUGAUGUGGCCCUUUGUGUUAAAUAUUUUUUAAUAGUUUUAUAUUUCAUAUUGCAUUUAAUUCAUUCGUCUUCAACCCAUGGAAAAUGACAGUUGAACCAAAUCUUAAAUUUUCCAAGUUGUAAAUAUUCCGUGUACUUCAAUUUCUUAAAUCAGGAAACCGUCCUUUUCAAAAAGCCAUGUAUAUUGUACAUACUGAAUGUAAAAUAUUUUUGUUUGUUGGAAUAAACACACAAACUGUUGAAAGUA